CUCCUUUUCAGUCUCUAUUUUUUUUUUCUUGCAUUUACUUCUUCCUUUUAUUUUUUUUUUUUAAAUAAUGGCAGCUGCCAAAAUCAUGGCAAAGUUGCAAAGUGAACAAAACAAUGUUGUUCAAAUGGCUGAUUUCCACGCAAAACAAGCAUCAACAUUGACGGAUUAUUCUCGAAAAAAGGAUAUUCGACGUACUCAACCCGUAUCUUCUAUAUCGACCUCUCCCAAGCAACAAGAAGCCAAGUUAUCGUUGAAGUUUGAUGACCAAUGUUUGAUUGAACGACAUACACAUGAACCACCAUCACUUAUUUUACACCUGUACUCUACCUACUUCAAGUUUGAACACGAGGAUGGUUUUUUCUCUUACAAGAGUCAAUUCAAGGAUUUUUUAUCUUGUGUCAAGGAAAAACAAUUACCGUCUGAUUUGAUGGACGUAUUUAAUGAAGCAUCUUGCCGGUAUUAUGAAGGAUGUUUGAUUGUAGAAAUCCACGAUCAUCGUCAGGCAACUAAAGACAAUGACAAUAGCGAUAACAAGACACAUAUCAAACGCGUGGUUAUGCGACCGACAGCAGAAAGUAUAUGGUCUGAUAUACAACUUUUGAAUGAAGAAUGGGGUGGUCCAUGGACUGAAGAAUUAGCAUUGGAAGUCGAAGCCCAGAUUUUGUUGGUUACGGAAGAACCUCUUUGUCUUGAUCCCUCCUUCAAUGUAUCUCGUAUCAGCAAUGCAAUCGAAUAUUCUAGUGGAAAACGCCAUGUCAAGAAGAAACAAAAGUGGAAUUCCCUUGAACGAGAACAAAAAUUGGCUCAGAAGAAAGAAGAUAAUAAACUAAUGACUAUUUUGGAUGCUCGCUCAAAACGAUCAUUUCCUUUUGAACCUAGUUUUGGCAAUAUCUCAUUUUUACAAGAAUGGCGGUCAAAGAAACAAAAAGCAGAUCAUGAAGCUAUUCCAUCUAUUGAAACGAAGAAAAUGAAAAAUCGGAAGACGAUGUCUGAACCUCCUCUAUUACCAGAUGGAAGGAAAUGCGUACGCACAAUUCGAUUUGAACGAUCAGAAGGAAGCAACAGAAAAGUAUAUACUGUUGUCAAUUUAUAUGUGGCAAACGGAAUCUAUGAUGGUGUUUUUCGAUGGGGAACAGUAUGUGAUACAAGUCUUAACGGUGGUAAUUUGGAAUUCAAGAUUGGACCUGAAUACCUUAUGGAAACAUAUGUAGUUCAAUUAAAGACGGCGUAUGGUUAUUUCAAUACAUUAAUCUGUGAUAACAACCUCGCGAAUCCAGUUCCUCACUCUCCAUCAGUUGCUGCACGAAUGGCGGCGGCUGCAGCGGCUCAACAACAACAAAUGGCUCUUUUGCAAAAUGCUACCGUCCAACAACAGUUACAAGCUCAACAACAAGCUCGUGGAGCACAACAAGGAAAGAUGCUUACGCCACAACAAAGGGCUCUUAUGGCUCAAGCUCAACAACAAGCUCAACAGCAAGCUCAAGCACAACAACAAGCAAUACAACGUACAAACGCAACAACGGAAUCACCAACAACACAAGUUACCGCAGCAACAUCAGCAAUCAAUCAAGCAGCUACGUCUUUACCAUCUGCUGUGGCAGCAACCAAUAUGAUGAAGCAAUCUUCGGCAACUUCACAUCAACCUACGCAACCGCAAGUAACGAUACCACAAGCAGUUCAAAGCAACGCAAGUCCAGUUUCCGGACAAUCAACAGCAACGGCAUCAACAACUGCACCUUUGAAUAUUGGAGUGAAUCAAGGUCAAGGUUUGUCAAGUAUUCAACAAGCGGCUAUUAUAAGUGCUUUAGGAUUAGGAGGACUUCAACAAAUGCCUUCGCCGAUGAUAUUGCAACAACGUAUUCAACAAUUAGUAGCUUCAGGUGUGAUUCCUUUGGCAACAGCACAAGAACUAGUCAACCAACUUAGUAAUCCAGUUACAAGUGCUCUUAUACAACAACGCAUUCAACAGCAACAGCAGCAACAAGCAGCCCUUCAAUUCCAACAGCGACAACAGCAAGCAAUGUUGAAUAGUCAAGCUCAAACAACGCAAUCUGUUCAACAACAACAAUCACCAGUAAAUACCAGAACAACGACACAGUCUCAACCUAUGAAUGUAAUAAAUGCAACUGCCCAAUCAUCUCCAACACAACAACAACCAUGGAUACCCAAUCAAACACAACAAGUCAACACCACACCAGUUACAGCUCAGGCUAAUGCGACAACACAAAUCUUUGCGCAGCUUAGUCCACAUCAUCAACAGCAAAUGACGGCCAUUAUUAUGCGACGACAACAUCUCAUCAAUCAAGCCAAACAGGGUAUGUUUACACAAGAACAAUUAUCAGCGCAUAUUCAACAGCUGCAAUUAGCACAUCAAUCCAUCAUACAACAACAUCAAGCAUUACAACAGCAACAUGCUCUUCAAAAAGCUCAGGCUCAACAGCAAGCACAAGUACAACAACAGACACAGACACAGACUCAGCAACAACAACAACAACAACAGCAACAACAACAACAACAAGUGGCACAACAACAACAACAAGUGGCACAACAACAACAACAACAACAGCAACAACAGCAGCAGCAGCAACAGCAGCAACAGCAACAGCAGCAGCAACAACAACAACAACAAGUGGCACAACAGCAAGUUCAACAACAGGUUCAAGGACAACAAAAUCAACAACAAGGGCAGCAAUCACAAAAUCAAACAAUCCAACAACCGAAUAUAAACGCUCAACAACAAUCACCUCUUGUGAACAAUGUGCAAGCCAGUCCUCAACUUCAAAGACCCAAUGUUCAGCAAGGAUCACCAGCACUACAAACACAUACCAAUGUAGCUGCGAUGCAAGGAAUGACUGCAAACCAAGCGAAUCAAGCUCAUACUUUCCAACUAUUGAUGCAACAAAGGGCAGCAGCGGCAGCAGCGGCAGGUACGGCAAUGCGUGGACGUGGGCGUGGUAUGGGACAGACACCUUUGACUCCCCAGCAAAUGGCAGCAGUACAAGCGAUGCGACAGAAUGCAGCUCUUCAAGCUAUGGUGCGACAACAACAACAACAACAACAACAAAAUGUUGUAAAUGGAGGUGGUGGUGCGGGAACAUUACAAAAUCCCAACAUGAUGGCAGCACAAGCAGUUUCAGCAGUAGCAUCUCAACAACAACAAUCGCCAUUUGCAGGACGUCAAGUACCCAAUUUGCAACAAUUACAAAUGGCUAUACUUCAACAACAACAGCAAUUAAUGCAGCAAAAUAAUUUGACACCUCAACAACAACAAAAUGCUCAAAUCCAAAUUGCAUUACUUCAACAACAACUGCAACAACAAAUUCAAUUGCAGAGACAGCAGCAAGUUCAACAACAACAACAACAACAACAACAACAACAAAAUCAAUCAUUACCAUUAAAUAACAAUACAUCUACAGGGGCAAACAACAGCAUGUCAUAGUUUAGUUAUAUAGUCUAUUCUUUUUUUUUUUUCACUUGUAUAUAUUUUUUUUUUCAUUAUUAUUUUACCUUAUUUGAACAAUGUAAUAAAACAAAAAGAAACAAAUGAUGUUAUUUGUUUCAAUGAUAUUUUUC